GAUAUCUUCAGUUACUUGCCACGAUAGCGCCAAUACAUUGAGUAAUAAAUUCAGUUUAGAACCGUAUGUACUGAUAGUCAAAGAUGUAUCGUCUACCACCUCUUCAAACAUGCUGUCUUUGUAUUUCUCUACGAAAUGGAACUAAGAUUUUUGGGAUCCUAGCACUGAUUAACUGUGUCUUCGUUUAUUUUUCAUCCUUAUAUGAGUUUAUGCACGGGAUGAGAAGCUGCACAGAGGAAAGGAUGGGUUGUGCCCUAGUGUUUGGAGGGCUUGCUUAUAGAACUGUUUACACUCUAUUCGUCGUUGGAAUGCUCAUGAGUCUCUACAAGGUUGCUCACCCUCGGCUAAUAUUAUGGUGGGUGUUCGCUACGAUAUUUGGGUCACUGCUCAGUACCUUCCUAGUAGUUCCUUUACUUGGAACGCAUUCUGCAGGAUCUGAACUUGUCUACAUAGCAUUUUCAUGUUGGGAUUUGUAUGGAUGUUAUGUUGCGUACAGCUACUAUAUGCAGCUCAUUGAGGGGGCGCCUGAAGAAUUAGCGGAUUUUAAGUUACGACAUGUAUCAUAGAAAAAGCAUUCAAACUGCAAAAAACUUGAUAUUUCUUCGCUUA